UCUGUCCUUGACCGCUGCAUUCAAGAUCGCAAAAGAGGCUGUACGAAGUAAGCAAAAAAAAACCCAAAAAAAAAAACCGGUCGAGUCGGGUACCUAUUUUUGUGUGGGUCUACGUUGUAACCUACCUAGGUUGUAUUUGAACCUCCACAGUCCAUCGUCUCGAAGUCAAAGUGUCAGUGAUUUCUGUACUUUGCGGGAACCAGCAGGAGUGUCUGCUGUGUCUGCUUCCAACAAGAGUACAACCUGCCCGCCCGACCUGCUGGAACUCAAUCAACACUGCUGUGUUCAGCAGCAGCUUCCCGACCCGGGACAGCACCCUGCCCAGCGGUUUUUGGUCUCCGAAAGGCGCAUACCUGCCUUAUCUACCUACCUUGGGUAGCAAACUCCUCAUAAAACGCCCUGUUAUAUAUCCCCUCUCUCGCUCCUGGGUCUUCUUGCCUGUGUACGAGUGCGCUCGCCGCCUUACUGGUGGACUCUUCACGAACAAAUACCAUGACGAGCUCUUCCUCCUCACCCCCACCUACGAGCUUCCUGGAGCAGACCGUCUCGGUCAUCUCCAGCGUAGCGAGCUACAUGCGGCUUCCGGCCAUGGCCUCGACGGGCGUCGCCGCCGUGCUGACAUCUCUGUUGUAUUUCAAGCAAAAAUCCUUGAUAUAUUCCUCCAACAUGCCACCGAACUCGCGAACCCAAGUCUCACGUCCCAGUCAAUUCAACAUUAAAGAUUUCGAAGAGCUCACGAUCCCGACGCCAGACGGCGAGAAGCUCUCGGCUUUUUACAUUCGCGGUUCCCGCAAUGGACGCAACUCGAACGUCACCAUUAUAAUGUUUCACGGCAACGCUGGCAACAUUGGACAUAGAUUACCUAUCGCAAGACAUCUGGUGGAACUUAUGCGCUGCAACGUAUUCAUGCUCGAGUACCGCGGCUAUGGCUUAUCAACCGGCACCGCGGACGAGUCAGGGCUAAUGGUUGACGCCCAGACCGGGUUAGACUACCUGAGGGAUCGCGCCGACACGAGAAAGCACCGGCUGGUGGUUUACGGGCAAAGCCUGGGUGGUGCUGUGGCCAUCCGGCUGGUGAGCAAGAACCAGGCUGCGGGGGAUAUCGUCGGUCUGAUUCUGGAGAAUACCUUCCUCAGCAUGCGCAAACUCAUCCCCUCCGUCAUCCCGCCGACCAAGUACUUUGCCUUCCUCUGCCACCAAGUUUGGCCUUCAGAUUCCGCGAUACCAAAUAUCACCAAGGUUCCCAUCCUGUUCCUCAGCGGGCAGCAGGAUGAGAUCGUUCCCCCGUCUCACAUGCGCCAGCUUUAUGAGCUCUCUGCGGCCCCGAACAAGAUAUGGAAGCCAUUGCCGAACGGGGAUCACAAUUCGAGCGUCUUGGAGGAGGGGUAUUUUGAGGCCAUCUCGGACUUUGUUGCUUCGGUUGCAUCGGAACCGCCCCGACUAAGUGAGAAGAUAUGAAAGAGUGUUUCCAGUUUAUAACGGCUACGACCCGGACCGAAACCUAUACAACGUCUUUUGGCCUCCUUGUUUGUUCAAACAUGCGCAAGUCGUCUCCUUUCCUGGCUCACAAUGCAACUCGGAUCAGAUUCGUAUUCUUGUCAAAGAACUUCAAGUCUGCUCCCCACCAAAUCAAAAGAGGCUUGGUUUUUACAAGAAAAGAGAGUGGCUGGGAAAGCCUCCCGGCCAUUGGGCACCGUGGACGCCAGAAUUUCACCUCAUCCGUCUUCCUUUGCUUACUUUUUUUGUCCCUUUGUCUUGUACCAAUAACAUCUUGAGAUACCCCCUAGGUUUCCUUGUUCUUACUUUCCAGAGUUUCAGGAGACAGAGAAAUACUUGGGCUCUGUCUCUAAGUGUAUUUGGCAAGGUUUGCAUGACAUGCAUGGUUUGGAUUGGGAGGUUCUCUUAUGUUUUGUUGGUUCUCUUGCCUUUUCUGUUUGUUUUGUUUGCAAACGUUCUUACGCGCAGCAAGCGACGAGUGAGAUCAUGGUCUUGUACUAGAAGCAAUACACGCAUGGUGGAUAUAACAAGUGGAAAGUUUGGGGGGGCGGUCGGUUUUAACGAGGUUGCGAUAUCGGAUCGGGGGGAAAAGACCUAGGACUAUGCGAAACAUGAUACGAAAACAAUAUGAU